GGUGACUCAGUGAGUCAACUCGGAAGAAAGAUGUUUCAAUCCAACCACAACAACAACAACCAGCUUCCAGCUAAGUCAUUACCUAUUCAAGAUGCAUCAGCACUCAUGCAAGUGGAUAAAAAAGAAGCCAGCGUAGUCGUGAUGGAGGAAAAGCAAAACAGAGGAUUUAUGCAAGCAGAGUCCAUCAUCAUCUACACUAAGAGACUUCAAGAUGAUUUGCAUGUGAUGGGGUUGAAAAUAAAACAUCAUGAGGAGAACAUGAAACUACUGAAGUCUCAGAAAAACAAAUUAGAAGAAUCUAUUCUUGAUCUGCAAGUUAUGUUAGGGAAGUUCCAUUCCUCGACCACACCUACUGCUGCAAAUGGUAAUCACAGUCUGGAGGAAACAACUGAAAAGAUUCUGCAGUGCAAGAAGUCAGCUGCAGGCAUCUUAUGGCAGCUGAAAGCUCAUCAUGAAAAUCAGGCUGUGGAUCUUCCCCUGAUCAAGGAUGUUGUGGGUAUUGUUGCUAUGCUGGGCAAAGUAGAUGAUGAUAAUCUUAGCAGGCUUUUAUCAGAGUUCUUGGGACUGGAAACUAUGCUGGCAGUUGUCUGCAAGACAUAUCAUGGUGUCAAAGCUCUUGAAUUAUAUGACAAUGAAGGUCGCAUAAACCUAAAUUCUGGUGUUCAUGGGCUUGGUACUUCUAUUGGGAGGAAACUGGAAGGUCGGUUUCUGGUCAUAUGCCUUGAAAAUUUAAGACCAUAUGCUGGUGAGUUUGUGCAUAAUGACGCCCAAAGGAGGCUUGAUAUUCUAAAGCCAAGGUUUCCUAAUGGGGAGUUGCCACCUGGUUUUCUUGGCUAUGCUGUAAAUAUGAUCAAUGUGGAUAGCACAAAUUUAUUUUGUCUCACAGCCAGUGGACAUGGUCUACGAGAGACUCUUUAUUAUAGCCUCUUUUCUCGCUUGCAAGUGUACAAAACAAGAGCAGAUAUAGUAUGUGCUCUUCCUUGUAUAACUGAUGGAGCCAUUUCUUUAGAUGGUGGGAUGAUACGGACGACUGGUGUGUUUUCCCUUGGCAACAGGGAAGAUGUAGAUGUGAAGUUUCCUAAGUCCUCUGUCACAUCAGGCUUGCCUGAUAGCUAUCUAGAAUCACAAAGACAAAUCAAUGAGAUGAAAUGGAGAAAAGAGAAAAUGGAGGAAGAUUUGAAGAGAGAAAAGGUACUACGGGACGAUGCAAAGUUUAAUUUUGACAAAAAGAAGAAAGAGUUUCUGAAGUUCCUGGCUGACAGUUCGUCGUAUGCAACUCAGGCAUCUCAGCAUCAAAUUCCGAUGGCGCAGAAUAGGUUUACCUCAAGCUAACGAGUACAUUGACAAGCAAGGGUACCACCAAACUACAGAAAAGGGGCAGCCUUCAAAACUUUGGCUAGCCAAUCCUUCGAUUGAACUCCAUCCGUCUUGUGAAAGAAAACACAGCGUUCACAAGUGGAGUGAGAGUAGAAUCAGAUUCAGCAAAAUAGGUCGCAUGGUCCUCAAAUUUUUUCUGACCUGUGGAUAAAUUAUGUACAUUAGUCCAGAGGUCGCCAGCAUUGAAUCUCUAUUGUUCUCUUUUACAGGGUUUUAGCGUAUAUCGUUUCUCUUUUCCAACUUACCCCUUAUAUUUGGACAAAACGCCGUAGUUUUAUUUGAAACUUAA